AUGAAGAUGGCUUUCUACCCCUGCAACUCCACCGUCUCGGUCCAGAGUGGCAACUCGGCGACAGUGGGCGGGGUGCUCUUCAGCGCCGGCCUCCUGGGCAACCUGCUGGCCCUCGGGCUGCUGGCGCGCUCGGGGCUUGGGUCCUGCCGGCCGCGCCCGCAGCCCUCGGUCUUCUACGUGCUGGUGUGCGGCCUGACCGUCACAGAUCUGCUGGGCAAGUGCCUGGUGAGCCCGGUGGUGCUGGCUGCCUACGCGCAAAACCGGAGCCUUCGGGGACUGGUGCCCGCGCAGGGCCACUCGCUGUGCCAAGCCUUCGCCUUCAUCAUGUCUUUCUUUGGGCUCGCCUCGACACUUCAGCUCUUAGCCAUGGCCUUAGAGUGCUGGCUGUCCCUGGGACACCCCUUCUUCUACCAGCGGCACAUCACCCUGCGCCGGGGCGCCCUCGUGGCGCCGGCCGUGGGCACCUUCACCCUGGCUUUCUGCGCGCUGCCCUUCGCGGGUUUCGGGGACUUCGUGCAGUACUGUCCCGGCACCUGGUGCUUCAUCCAGAUGGUGUCGGGAGAUGACUCGCCGAAGGUGAAGGGUUACUCGGUGCUGUACUCCAGCCUCAUGGCGCUGCUGGUGCUCGCCAUCGUGCUGUGCAACCUGGGCGCCAUGCGCAGCCUCUACACCAUGCACCAGCGCCUGCGCCGGCACACGCGCUGCUGUGGCCUCCGGGACCGCGCAGGGCCGGGCGGCCGUCCCAGCGAGGCGUUUCCGCACCCCCUGGAGGAGCUGGACCACCUGUUGCUGCUGGCCCUCAUGACCGUGCUCUUCACCAUGUGCACCCUGCCUUUAGUCUAUCGCGCUUACUACGGAGCCUUUAAAGCUGCCCGAGAAGAGCCAGAGGACCUCCUCGCCUUGCGUUUUCUCUCUGUGAUUUCCAUCAUAGACCCUUGGAUCUUUAUCAUUUUCAGAACUUCAGUAUUUCGGAUGUUUUUUCAUAAGAUUUUCAUAAGACCUCUUCUGUAUAGGAACUGGCACAACCACCUCUGCCAAAAUAACAUGGAAUCCAGUCUGUGA